UGACCACUGCCUCCAAUUGCAAAGGGACUAACUCAAGGAAGAUGAUGAAGAGUACGCUUGCCACGCUUCUCUUGGUCCUUCUGGCUGCUUCGGCAGUGAACGCCGGUAUUCACUACGGCGGCUACGGUGGUGGUGGCUACGGAGGUGGCUACGGAGGCGGCUACGGAGGCGGCUACGGGGGCGGCCACGGAGGAGGCUACGGCAAGGUGAUCGUCCUUCACGGAGGCUAUGGAGGCGGCGGAUACGGCGGUGGUUAUGGCGGUGGCUACGGGGGAGGUCACGGCUGGUGGUGAUCACUUCUCGGCGAAAGAUGAAGCAUGCAGGCCGCCAUCGCUACGACCACAUCGACGGCAAGACACGUGUGCGCUACUUGAAUG